UAUAUAGGAAAACAUAGUAGCAUCUCUAACACAACAAACAUAUUAUCAAUAAUAUUCUACUAGAUUUGAUAAAACUAAUUGGCAAAAUUUACUACAGGGCAUCGAAAAAACUUGUAAUUAGCUGGUGGACACAAGAAAAACAUGAAUUUGCUGUCGGGCACAAAAAAAAACUGGUAAUUAGCUGUAUGACACUCGCGGCCUUAUUUUAUUAUUUUUAGGGAAAACGGAGAGAGAAACAAUCGAAAAAGACCCGAUUAUCCUAUGUGGGGCAAGGAUGUCAGCCUCUCCUCUAUUUUCUUUUCUUGUCCUCUUCCUGCCUGUGCUUUCUCGCCGCGCCGCUCGCUAGCGAGCGCAGCGCCUGCCGCCGCCGCCGUUUGGAUUACAUGUUUGAUUUCCAAAUUCUCUCUCUGUCUUGUCCAGGUGCACGCAGACUGCGCUUCACCAUGCAGAGGGGGAGAAAGAAUGGUGCCACACCUGAAGGAGAUGUACAGCAGCCUGGCCGCGUCCAAGGAGCUCGUCAAGGCUCUCUUCGGUAUCUGGGGCCCCGGCGAUGGCCUGAACCUGUCGACGGCGUCGAUGCUCUACCUGGCACGCGCCCACGCGCGGCAGCUCGCCAAGGAGGACCGGCGGCGUGGCGACGAAACGGUGCAGAUGAGGGCGCAGCUCGCCGAGGAGGCGCGGGAGUGGAGGAGCCAGCAGAGGAAGAAGGUUGCGGCGACGGUGCGCGUGGCGGUGCGGGGCUCGACGGCGAGCGGAGGUCGAGGCAUCACGCCGAGAGGGUGAACGCCAAGCUCGGGAAGGCACUGGCCGACGCGGAGAGGGAGCUGGAGAGGGAGUGGAGGUCGAGGGAGCGGCUGGAGAAGGUGUGCGACGAGCUCGUCAGGGGCGGCCUCACCGGCGGCGUGGACGGCAACAGGGGAGGCAAGGAGGAGGUGGAGGAGAUGAGGCGGGAGGCCGAGAGGGCACAGGAGGAGCUGGAGAAAGAGAGGGAGAUGUUGCGCCUCGCCGACGAGCUCCGCCACCGAGGCCUUCCGACCCGCGGCGCUGCUCACCGUCACACCAAGGCGAUGAAUUGUGGCGACCAGCUUCGGCGAAGCAGCACAGGGGCGUACUCUCACCUCAGUUUCUCUCUCCGUUUUCCAUGAAAAUAAUAAACACGAGUGUCUGAUAGCUAAUUAACAUUUUUUUUCCCGACAGCAAAUUCGCGUUUUUACGGUAUCCACAAACUAAUUACAGGUUUUUUCGAUGCACUGUGACAAAUUUCGCCAAACUAAUUGGGUUUUGUUAUUAUUUUUUUUUAAUAUCACUGACAAAUCUUAAGAUUCUCAACUCAAUUACAGGUUUUUUGGAUGCACUGUGACAAAUUUUGCCAAACUAAUUGGGUUUUGUUAUUGUUUUUUUUUAAUAUCACUGACAAAUCUUAAGAUUCUCAAGUCAAUUGGUGAUUGGUUUGGAUCGUCCAGUUGAGUGAUUGUAUCCCAAAUCCUGUAGAAGAUAGUCGGAAUAGCUAUGAGUGCACGGUACAGCAAUUACUUACAGACGCAACGGUGACAGAACACAAUCAAUAUUACUUCAGAAAAUAGGAUACUAAUCAGACUGCCGGUGCCUACGAUUUCCAACGGUUUAUUCUACAAUCAUAUGCCUGAUGUAGUGCAAAUGAAAAGAAAACCAACUUAAAAGUUAGUGACCUAACCAAACAAAACUACACUUGAAUCAACCGCGAGUUGAAGUUAGAGACCAAAAGAAUCAUUGUCAGUGACCACAAGAAAGUGAAUUCAGACGUCAGGUAACAUGAUGCUAAAGGUCACUUUUAACAGCAGCAUCAUAACACUGCACCCAAAUCAUAUUCCAAGGCAGCUAUCUUUUCUAAAAGAACAAAAAGGAGUGCAUAAACACAUACAAAUAUAAGACCUGUUACAACUUGCAAAUAUCCCAAGUACUUUGCUUGUUGUAGCAUAAACACAGGUAGCUGAUGGGCACAGAAUACAUCCGAAGGCCAAAAGGCACGGUG